CGAGCCCCACGACCUCCUGCAUAGCAGACGAGGGAGUGAACAUCUCGCCAACGUGUCGCGCCCUCACUUAUGAUAAUCACGUGAAGCAGAAGCGCCCUGCCCAAUCGGGCUACCCUGGGGUGCGCGUGGUCGCGUAAAGGGGUUACGGGACGCUCGUUCCUCUGUCUCAGGGACCACGAUCCGCCGCACCGCGGCGACGCCGCGCAUUAAAACUUUGUCGGGGACAGAGUUCCCACGUCUCUCUUGAGCUCUCCCGGGGGGCUUAGCCGCCACUGCAGCGGCUUGCGCUGAGAGUUGUCUCGCCACAGCCGUUCAGCAGUAACGGUGGCCGCAGCGAGAGUGGCUAACACGCGCGCAGUGACGGCGACAAUAAGUUACUGUAACGGCAGCGGCAAACAAACAAAAGAAGCGGCGGUCGAGGAAGUGACCGCAACAGAAGACGUAUUUGCGAUACGUCAACCGCAGCAGGGGGGUAACAACGACACAAGUUUCAGCGCACGGCAUCCUGAGCCAAGCCAGUCGUCGUGGAGUAGGGCCCCAGGAGUGUGAGCAAUGGGUCUCCGGUCGACGCUCAUCCGGCGAUGUCAACUGCUGCUCGUCUUGCUCGCCCUGUCCCUUCUGCUGACCGCGAUUCCGCACCCGAUAUUCGCGAGCCUCAACGAGCUGCUGUGGAAGCACGCGGGACCUUUGCUGCAGCCCAACGUCAACGCGGUUGAAGGCGAGGGUGGCGGACGUGGUGACGUGGGAGCCCGUGGUGGUGGUGUUGCUGCUGCUGAUGAUGAUGCUGACGAUAGACGUGGUUUUGACGUCGGUCAAAUGCGUGCCGUUCGCGGCAGGGAACCGUCGACGAACGUCCCCGAGUUUCGGUACCUGCUCAACGAGCCCGACACGUGCCGGCCUCGGGCCCCCUUCCUCGUCGUCCUCGUCGCGUCCGAGUCCACCGAGUUCGAGGCCCGCGAGGCCAUCCGCGAGACGUGGGCCAGCGAGAGCGUGGCGCUGCGCGGCGUCUCAUUCAGGCGCCUCUUCCUCCUCGGCACCGCGAGCCCCGCGAGCGACGCGCAGCGGCGCAUCGAGGAGGAGAGCCGACGGCACGGGGAUCUCAUCCAGCAGAACUUCACGGACGCUUACGACAACCUGACGCUCAAGACCAUGAUGGGCCUCCACUGGGUGUCCGUGCACUGCCCGCACGCCUCGUACGUCAUGAAGACGGACAGCGACAUGUUCGUGAACCUGGAGGUCCUGGUCAAAGCUGUCCUCGAGCAGCAGGUGAACGAGGGGCAGCAGCAGCAGGAGGAGGAUGGGAGUGAGAUCACGCAGCGUCGGCGUGUACCGCCCCGCGACUACUUCACGGGCUACGUGAUGCGCGGGUUCCUGCCGAACCGUAACCCCGCGAGCAAGUGGUACAUGCCCGAGGACAUGUACCCUGGGGCAACCUACCCGACGUUCUGCUCAGGCACAGGCUACGUGAUGUCGGCCACGCUGGCCUCUCGCCUCUACCGCGCGUCCCUCGCGAUCCGCCGGCUCCGGCUGGAGGACGUCUACGUGGGGGUGUGCUUGGAGAGCCUGGGCGUGGAGCCCGUCUUCCCGCCGUACGAAUUUCACUUUAACCACUGGCGGGUGUCCUACUCGCCCUGCCAGUACAGCCGCAUCGUCACCUCGCACGCGUUCUCGCCCAGCGAGCUGCGCCACUAUUGGGGUGACCUGCAGCUGCACCGGGACAAGCCGUGCGGUUAGCACGGCGGCGUGGAGUUGGAGUUGUUGUGGCUUGGCUGGGCCGGGCUGCGUGCGCACUGGGGUAGAGUAAAAAGGUAUCGCCGAGUUGAUCAGAGUGGCUGUGAGCUUGAGAUUACUCCGUGGUUGUUGUUUUUUUUUUUAAAACGAACAUUUGCGGUUUGCAGAGCACAGGCUCAAAAGUCUGAAAUGACAAGUUAGCACUGUUGAAUGUAUAAUGAUACUAAUAAUAACCAGGAAUUAAUACGUGUCUUGAAUCGAGCAAUUGGUAGGGAUACGGAGAUUAUAGUCGGUGUGAAUUCGGGCUCAAUGGGGUGGGCCGGGGACUGGAAGUUAAUACUGCAGUGGAAGCGGUCUUGCGAUACUAUUACAGUGGCUUACAACGUGGUUGACAAGCAUUGGCCCCGGUACAACUAAUAACUAAACGCCCCCCCCCUUCCCCAUUUACAAAGACAAAUAUCCCCCGUGUAGCCUUUAACAGACUGUUGUGGCACGUGCCGUUAGCGAAUAGCAACUAUGAAGGCCGGCAGAGUGGCACACGAGGUAGUGGGUAGUCAGCACCACGACCGGCCGCCUUUGUCUCUCUAGUGGCGAUGUUUACACAACGCACCAGGUGCUCGCAAUCGAUAGAUACUCUAUUUGAUUGGAUAUUGAGUCCACGGGAGUGUCCAACGAUAUUGAUAUCUGGAGUGAUCGAUAUUUAAAGCCAUUCGCGGUUAACAUUGAUUGGCUGGGCGCGAUGUGGAUGUGGUGCUGGUUUUCGUCCUUGCGUUGGGAGGCGAGGUUGGUGGAUCAUGCAGAGAUCGCCGUUGGCUCUGAGACUCCCAAGCAGCAGGUCGGGCUACGUCAGUGGUUCUCAACCGGGGGCACGCGUUCAUUAUUCGUCCGUUUAUUUCUCAGAACCCUGGUGAGAAACCACUGGCGCUGCGUGCGAUGUCAAUUCACGCCUUCCCCGCGAGAGCUGAGUCAUAUCAACUGAGCCGGAGUGGCGAGGGGGGGGGGCGACGGACGGCAGAAUUGAAUAACUCAACUGGUUACGUGUUGUUUCAGCACAUUCAUUGCAAUCACAUAGGUAUAUUGUUAAACGAUUGAAUGUAUGGGAGAUCGACAGCGCGAACCACGGGCACAUGUAAAUGAUAUCGAUACUGUAUACAUACCUGUUAACCCGUACGGUUUACCCGUAUUCUUGUGCAGGGAAAUUGAGUGAAAACUUUUUUUGUCAUUUUUUGUGUGUUUAUCCCUUAUGAUGGGAUUUUGUAGGAUGAACAUUGAGA